AUGUCUUUCGUCAUCCCAGAAGAUGAUGAUGAUGCUGACGACGACGAGGAUGGCAGAGAAAAUGACAGGUCCGUUGAUUCCAUCGAUAAUUAUGACGAUGGUGACGGAGCGCACGGAAGGGACCUGCUCGACAAGUCACUUCCUAACUACGAUGAUUAUCUCUUUAAUGAAAGGAAAAAUAACAAACCAUGUACUAAUAAAAGUGAUAGAAUAUUUGGCAAUAAAAAAAAUAACCCGAGAAAAACUUUAGAUACUAACAAUUUUGACGAUAAUUUUUUAGAGAAAAGUGUGAAAAACGAAGCAGAUAAUGUCAAGAGCGCCCUGGUUGAUCGCGAUGUGGAGUUCAUUGAUGAUUUGGACCACCAUGAUCAACACUUUAAUGAUUCUAAUCCGAUGAAUUGA